AUGGACGACGAAAUGCGAGAUGCCCCGCAGGCCCCUGUGGCUCCUAAGCCUGUCUUCAGAGCGCCCAAGCUCGUGUCGCGACCCAAACCUGUCCUUCAACAGGAGGAGGAACUAGGUGCCGAGCCAAAACUGGGCGACUUCGAAGAUGUCCACGCCCUUUCCGUGUCUCAAGCGCGCGCCGUCAUCACGGCUGUUCACACUGCGAGGAAAAAGAAGGAUGCUUCACACAACCCUCUGGGAGGAGAUCGGAUACAUAAUGAUUCUCAGACGAUCCAGCAGUUCACCGAAUAUCUGGAGCAAUUCUCACGCUACAAGCAAGCCGAGAACCUCCAUGCGCUUGAUGGCCUAUUAGAUUCCAACCCAGAGCUCACCAGUGUAGAGAAGGCCAUGCUUGGCUCUCUGUAUUGCGAUACCGCCGAUGAGGCAAAGACUCUCAUCCCCUCAAUCGCCACUAAAAUCUCUGACGAGACACUGCAGAAUCUAUUAGAUGAAGCCACCAAACUACAGGAUCGUUUUGGCUAA